UAAUGACAACAUCUAUUUAUCAAAUGAAAACAGACACUAAGAGUUGGUUGCCAGGGGUAACCGUUGCCAUAGUAACCAUGUUAACGAUGGAAAAAUUACAAAACUUGCCUUAAGUACCAUCAACGCGGACCCCGUAUUUAACUGCGCUCCCACGCCGUUAAUUAAUCCUUUCCGCGUUACAGCAUCACGGUUAAUUCACUGUGGUCCUUGCUGCAGCCAUGUUUAAACCAGGAUGGUGUGACCAACCAUUAAAGAAGGUGAUCGGAGAUUUUUGUUUUUACGUUAUUAGACAAUAAAAUGGCCAUCUUACAUUGAGAGUCAUUCUUUACUGGCCAUGUCUGAUGUAUUGUUUUCAUAUCACAUAAAAUGAUUAAGAAUUUAAAUAAUGCAAGUUUUCAAAACUCCCAAUCAAUUAUUUCAGAGAAAUACACCUGUAACAAUUUUCAUGUAACUGUGGACAUAGCUAUUAUUUUCUUAAUAUAAUCUAACGAAGGAGAGGGUAAGAAUCAUAUAAUAUUUUUUUCCCCAUUUUUUAAUGAUUUUAAUCAUUUCCAGUUCUAAAUAUGUUUUUAAUCCAUAUCAAUUUGUAGCAUGAUUUUCGGCAGUCUCUCAGUUAUUCUAGUCCGUGACAAGCACAUGCUAUGUUAAAAAAUUUCUAGAUUUGCAUUCGAAAUUAAUUCAAAUAUAUUGAAGAAAUCAUAAUUUGAAAUUUCUGUUUAGUUACCAUGGAAACACUUUAAAAAUAUGUGUUUCUCCACAAAUGUAUUUCUAUCUCUUGAAAAAUGACAAUUUGAAAAAAAAAUAUUUUACAUUAGAUAACCUAAAUUGUUGCCAAAUACAUGUACUCACAAUUUAUAUGUUCUUGAAUACCGGUAAGCAUUUAAUUGCCAUUUUUACAUCUUUACCCUCUGUCAACAUGGAAACAGGGCCACAUAGCAACAAAUUAAUGGUGUUGAACUUUUUUACUCAUCAAAGUCUAUCAAACUGUAAAGUAUUAAAAAAUCUGUGACUAUGCGUAAUCACCAAAUUUUGAUUCUUUACAUAGAAUUGAUCUUAAAAUUUAGACAUUUUUUAGUUAUUUACACGUAUAGCAUGAAUAAGAAAACAAAAUGACAAGCAUUCAUUGUUUACAUAUCAAAUUUGACAGACAUCAGGGACUGCAGCACAUGUCGGAGUCUGUGUUUGUGGGACUGUGUGAGAUAGUGGGGACCACACAACAGGUGGCUAUCAGGAGGGAGACAUCGGACAUCAAGGAGAUGGUGGAGAACGGACUGAUAACAAAUAAUGUGAUCGUUAAGAUGUUGAGUGGAAGUACAAGAGAAGGGUUCAGACUGGAGGGAUCAGAUAUUGACACAAUGUACUGGCCAAACGACCACCGAGUGAUCAUGGACAUGUCUCAGUCUGAGUAUUACAACACAGCCAAUACAACCUUGAUUCUCUCUGACAGCUCUGAGAGUCCACCAGGAUUCACCUUACUUCAGAAACUGACACCAUUAACACUUAUGUUUGGUAUGUCUGUCCAAGCAGCAUGUGUCAGAAUGAAUGACAGAGUCUAUAUAUCUAGUUCUAUAUGGAGACAGUUAUCUCGUUCAGCAGUAAUUCCUAAUUCUACUGUACAUGGACCCUGUGGAACUGCCAAAGUAGCAGGAGAAGAACAUGACAGUGCCUACUGUUUUGUUAGUGACUUUUGGCCUCAAUCUGCCUCCUCAUGGAUAGACAGAUGUCACUUAUGGCCUGAUCCUGAAGUUGUUGAUGACAUUGUCAGAAAUGGAUGUCACUUUGUAGCAAUAGGACACCCAUUAGGACCACAUGAAAAUGAAGAAUGGAGAAUUUCUUUUUCUCGGGCAGAAUAUAAACUAGUGUACUCAAUGAACCACUGUCAGCUUUUGAUAUAUGGGUUGUUAAAAAUUUUCUUAAAAGAAGUUUUAAAUCAACAAUCAGAAGAAACCAAUAAACUGUUGUGUUCCUAUCACAUGAAGACAACAGUUUUCUGGGCGAUUCAAAAAAAUACACUGCCUCACUGGUGUCCACAAAACCUCCUGGCCGGUUUCUGGGUCUGCUUCAAACUCCUCCUUAGAUGGGUUUAUGAGGGGAUAUGUCCCAACUUUUUCAUCCCACAAAACAACAUGUUUCUGACAAAGGUCCAUGGCUCAGCACAAAACAGAUUGUUCCUACAGUUACAUGAAUUGUACAAGAAAGGUCUGGCCUGUCUGUUACAGAGUUCCUCUAUCCGGUCCUACAUCAUUGAUGUCCUGUACAAUCCCAGACUUUCUAUUUGUACAGAUGAGAGUAUGAUUAGGUCUGAAACUGAUAAUUAUAUAGAACUUGUCAUAAGGUCCCCUGUUCAGUUUACCAAAGAUGUAUCUCAAGGAGACAUGUGUACCAAAGCCAUCCAUACAAUAGAACAGUUGGUACAUACACCCUUGUCACAAUAUAAAGUUGUUACAUUACAGAUGUACACAUCUUUUUUUUUACAGUGUUCUGCUUUUGCAUUACAAAAUAUGUACACUAAUACAGGUGUCAACAAACAGAUGUAUAUUGCAGACAAACUGUCCAACUCUAUGCUGAUAUUAGCAGCCAAGUUUGGGUUUCAAUCUGACAUGUUGUUCAUUGCCAUGUAUUAUUACAAGACACUCAGAUACAGGGAAGCUUUAUCUGUUAUAGAGAUGAUAAAGUUCAAGUUAGCACGGCCAGAUCUGAUGUACCAUCAUAUUGUACACAGAGCGAUCUCGAGGUAUACUGAGCCUGUAGAGGGACAGGUUUGGGGUAUGUUCAGACAGGCUGCACCAAGAAAUAUGAUACUUUACAACACAAUCAGUUAUAUCAGUGAACUUCUACCAGAACAAAAGUCUUCUAAAGGGAACAGACGUCUAACAUCAAAAAUCCCAUUCCUUGUUAUGUUACACUUUCUAGAGUUCUUGUGUUACAGACACAUUGGUACAACAUUAUCACAAGCAGCUCUAGAUGAGCUACGGGCCCUAGUCCACCAUGAUCUGGGAAUGGAUAUACAUAAUCUACAAAGAGACAUUUCCUGGGAGAUACUGGGGAUCUGUCAACAGAUCACAGGGAACCUCCAGGCUGCUCUGUACUCAUACCAACAGUCACUCAGACAAUAUCCAUUCCAUAAAAUACGAACUGCUACACAGAGGAGAAUACAGGACAUAGUCCAGUCAACACCACACCAGUAUACAGAGGAUCUGCCUUUAGAUUGAAAAAAAUACAUAUAAAGAGAUUAAAACAAUACUGUAAACUAUUAUAUUAAGCGUGUACAAAAUUUGGUGGAAAUUAGUUUUUGAAGAAGUUGGAUUUGAAUUAGCGUAUUCCUGAAUGUGACUAUUCUUAUACAUAUAUAUAUGCAUGGCAUUUAGCAAUGUACUUGAUUUAGCGUAAGCCACAUUCCACCAAAAGCACUAAUUAGAAUACACGUCCCCCAUAAUUAUAGUUCUUGAAUCACUCAUCACAUCAAAAUAUCAUCACUACAUACUCUUUCCAUAUUUUAGAUGUGUAUCACCUUAAAAAAGUGAAAUUUUCACACUACCUCUGGCAAAAUCAUUUUAACAACGAAUUUGUGUUCUAAAAAUUAUUAAAAUGAUAGUUUUUUAAGAUUUGUCACUUUGCAAGUUCAUUUAAACUUUUUUCAUAAGACCUUUGAAAUAAAAUGAAAUAAUUGUAAUGAUAUUUUGUCUUACAGUAUGAUGGUAACUUUGUAGGUUUUAUAGAUUUAAACGUAAAUAUAUAGGAUGUUUUCAUAUACAGUAAGACCUUAUGCGCGUGUGUAGUCUACUGUUUAUUGACUGGGUGUGGCCCCGCCCCCAUAUAUUGGAGGCUUGUUGAUAAAUCAUAACUUGAAUUAAAUGAAAAAUUGCGUAUUGUAAAUUAUUUGUAUAUCUUUGUGUGUCAAUAUGUAAUAUGAGUUAUUUUGUUCAUAUAGUAGCCAAUGCCAAUAAAUUUAAUACUUAAUUGAAAUAAAGAACUUGAACAAUAAAAAG